CAAAUGGAAGUCAGUCACCACAUUAUAUGUCCUAGGAUUCAAGCAAAGCUAGAAAAAGAAAAGGAAGAAGCAGCCAAUUGUGCAGCAAUGCCUUCAUCUCUCAUGGUCUUCCAAGUCAACCAUAGAAUGGAUAGUAUGACCGUUGAUCUUAUCUCAAAAACGUGCACAUAUAGGAAGUGGGAAUUGACAGGAGUCCCUUGUUGUCAUUCUGUAGCUUGCAUGUUCUUUCUUCACCAUGUCCCUGAAGACUAUGUGGAUAAGUAUUAUAAGAAGGAGACCUACAUGAAGAUAUAUAGUGGAUGUAUCCCUCCGUGCCCUGGUGAAAGGUACUGGCCAAGAAAAGAGGCUGAAUUGGAUCCUCCACCUAUCAAAAUUGGGCCUGGAAGACCAAGGAAAAAUAGGAGAAAGGACCCUCAUGAAGAUCCAAAGAAACCUGGUAAGCUAACAAAGCAUGGAUUACAAAUGUCUUGCAGCAUAUGUAAGUCCACUCAACACAACAAAAGAAAAUGCCCGGACAAAGACAAUAGUACAACCUCAAAUGUUUCAAAUGAACCUAAAAGACCAAGGGGGAGACCUAGGAAGAAUGCACAACCUUCUACAGAGUCUGCCAGUCAAACUGAGUAUACAAAUGCCACUGCCCCACCUUCACAAAUUGGGAGAGGUGGGAGGCUGAUAAUGAGAGGUAGGGGCAGAGGGAGGUCCAAAGGGAGAGCCAAUGAGGUUCCUCAGGGAUUUGGUGUGUUCGUUGAUGGUCAGGGAAACAUCAUUCUUAAUUCACCUGGUCAAGUAGGAGGUCCCAGACUGCUUUCAGGGGAUGAAUAUGCUCCAUCAAGCAAUGGCAGUGCACCAGUGUGAAAGAAUGUCGUGUCAUGAAUGAUGUCUAAUGACUUUUUGUUAAAUGGAUUUCUUUGUUUGGAUGUAUUUUGGAUGUUGUUAAUCUGCCUUUGAUGUACUGGAUGAUGUUGUGCUUGUAUUUCAGAAUUCUGUUGUUGUUAAACUUUUCACUUGACUUGUGAUGAUGAUGAAGUUAUGGUAUUUUAAGUUAAUGGAAGCAGAGGUGUAUUUUAAGUUAA